GCUGGGCUUUUGCUUCGUGCUUGACAACGAAAUACGUCAUGUUUGUUGUGCUCUAGUGUGGGGUGGAAAGCUGUAAAGAACAAAAAAAAAUCAACGUUUUCACUGAGCCAAACAUUUCUGUUAUUGUGCCGCUAAAGUGCAACCAUCAAGGCCAUUUUGUCAGUGCGAGGGUUGUCCACAAUUAUAGUUACUUGGUUUCAGUCUGCAUUAAAAUGGAUCCCGCAUGUGUAAAAAUGACCAUUUUGGUCUUCACAGCCGUGUUUGCUAGUAGUGCAAGAUCCCAAACUCAGCAUAGCAUUGGGCCAUAUCCAACAAGCGGUACUGAACGAUGUGUGUGCCAGCCGCACAUCACAGUCAAUCCGCCCGUUUGCGGACGCUCCCUUCCAGUGAACUCCGUUGCAGGCUGCAACUGUACAACCGUCCAGGAAAUACUUCGUACAGUAUCGACCAACCAAGAAACUGUUGCGUCGGAGCUAGAGGAUACCAGACGUAUGGUUGGUGAGGUGCAGGUAACGGUAUCGACCAACCAAGAAACUGUUACGUCGGAGUUACAAGAUACAAAACGUGAAGUGGAAGAUGUGCAAGUAACAGUGUCUACAAAUCAUGAAAAUGUGACCAGUGAGAUACAGGGUCUCAAACGACAGCUGGAAGAACUGCACCUUUUGGUUUCAACCUUAGUGGAAUUCCCUCGAGUGGCCCGGCCUCCGAUGGAUUGUUCCGAGAUUCUUGCGAGUGGUGUAUCGAUCAGUGGCGUGUACACGGUUCAACCUCUAGGAUCAGGUGGGGAUUUCCGAGUGUACUGUGAUAUGGAAACAGACGGUGGUGGAUGGACGGUUUUCCAGCGGCGGAGGGACGGCAGUGUUGAUUUCUAUUUGGACUUUGUCAACUACAGCCGGGGCUUUGGGAAUCUAGAGGGAGAGUUUUGGCUGGGUAACGACAACUUGCACAGUCUGACUGCUCAGGGCGAGUAUGAACUCCGUGUAGAUUUAUCAGACUUCGAGAACGAAUCCAGAUAUGCAUUCUAUGACUCAUUUAACAUCGCUGAUGUUGCUGACAACUAUAGGCUGACACUGGGAAGUUACUCCGGAACCGCAGGUGACUCGCUGAGUGUCCACAAUAACCAGCAGUUCUCGACUAAAGAUCGAGACAACGAUGUAGCCGGCAGCAACUGUGCCCAGACAUACCACGGUGCCUGGUGGUACGCAGAGUGCCACUCUUCUAAUCUUAACGGGGAGUAUCUCGUUGGGACCACGACUGUUUAUGCUCGGGGAGUUGUUUGGAAUGACUGGAAGGGGUAUUUUUACUCACUCAAAACCUCCGAGAUGAAAAUACGACGCACUCCAUAAUAAGAACACCAUACCACUCAUUUACGUUGCCGCCCACUUGUUAAAGUCUUAUCAGUACUGGAAGGGUCGAUACAGACAAACAAGUAGCAUGUGACGAAUAAGUAACCGGCCUUAAUGUACAAGGAAUCAUUUAAUGGUCAACAUUCAAUUCUGCGAAGAAUGAACAGAAACAGUUUAGAGUGGAUGUUCUGUAGACACCAUAACGACAUUUAAAGGAAAGGUAAUUACUCAAAACAAAUAUUAAUUAAAAACUGAAUUGGUAAUGAGCAUUGGAGAGCUG